AUGCGGUCCGAUACCUUUUCCUUAUUUAUGCUACAUGGCCUUCAGGCCGUUGCAGCCAACGGCAGCCAGGCCUCGAACUUCGAAAUCUCAUCGGAAAUGGCCCAAAAAUACGGAUGUGGUGAUAUUUGCCAGCAGACACUCAGAGAAACCAACCCUGCCGACAUUAAAACUUUUGGCACAAACUUCGACUUCAACUUUUACGCAACAGCCGCUAACUUUAGUUGCUCCAAGCCGGGAGACGUUCUCAAGAUCAAGCCCAUCAACUCUUCCGAAAUCAGCUUUCCUGCUGGCGUAGCAACAUACAAGAUCCAAUACACUAGCGUUGAUAUUGACGACUCUAUUGUUCCUUCUACUGGCUUCAUUGCCUUCCCCUUCGCUCGUACUAAAACGACUUUCAAUCUGGUCGCAUAUGCCCAUGGUACAAGCGGUGUCUUCCGGGGCUGCGCUCCCUCAACUUCCCCAAAUCUUUACGACUACCAGAGCUGGACAACGCUUCUUCUCGCCGGCUAUGCAGUCAUUGCAACAGAUUAUGCGGGACUCGGAAACAACUAUACUGCGCAUAAAUAUAUUGCCAGCGCGGCGAACGCCAAUGACACCUACUGGUCCGUUGUAGCCGCGCGUCAAGCCUUCCCGGAUGUUCUAUCCCACGAAUGGGCCUCUAUCGGCCAUUCCCAAGGCGGUGGUGCCGUCUGGAAGCUAUCCGAACAUGGUCUCGUUCAAGAUUCGGCCAGCGGGUACCUAGGUGGCGUCUCUGUUGCACCGGUAAGCAAGCUCUACGACGCUUUAUUAGGAAUCAAUCAGCUUCGUGAUUUUGCGGCAUAUCUACCCUCCGAUCUAGAUAACCACGCUUUUCUUGCCUUAGGCGUCUUGCCUUCUGCGGCGCUCGGGAUUAAGGCAACCUUCCCGGACUAUUCCGCACCCAUCCUCUCAGACAAGAUGAAGCAAAGAAUCGAACUCGCGCAAAUUGGCCAGUUGUGCGACAACGCCAUUUCCGGGCUUGCGUGGGAUCUACGUCUCGAUGCUUUUUCCAAUGUAACGAUACAGUCUGAUAAGCGUCUGCAAGACUUCCAGAAACUCAAUGCUCCGGCCCAGGGCGAUCGUGCUUCAAAGCCUCUCCUGCUUAUUCUCGGUGCCGAGGAUACCAUUGUUUCUCAAGAGUCGGGCGAGGCUUCCUAUGCCGACUCGUGCCGGUUUGGCAACCCAGUUCACAUGAGCAUCUAUCCUGGCCUGGAUCACAGUGCGGUACUAACGGCCUCUGCUCCCGAAUGGCUCGCAUUUCUCCAAGGUCGAUUCAGGAACUCGCCUUUUGGAAACUGUUCACAAGAGACUAAAGCUCCUUUCGACCUUGAGCACGCAAGCCGCCCCGAAGAUACGCACUAA